AUGGAGGGCCAGUCUUCUGCCGAUAAUUCUCAGUAUCAAUAUCUAUCGGCGCAGUGGCCCCAACUCCCUCGCCGCAACACGCUUGCAGAGUCUCUACCCAACUUUUUGCCGGGUGUUGCUGCAUCUCAACUCCCGACCCCGAUCGAUCUCCUCCCCAUCCUCUUCCCACACCACUCAUCCUACCACCAGGCGCAGCUUGCUCAGUACAACCGCCUCAUAGCCUCUGGAAGAGCUACACGACUGGCUUCGCCGCUUCCCCCUGUGCUCUCCGCACAACAUAUUCAGGCUGUGCCUGGGUCGCGGUCAGGCUCGAGCGGCGGCAACACGGCACGACAGAACAAAUCUGCUACUAGGGGUGGUCAUGGGAAUAAGGAGUCACGCAAAUACAGUAAAGGCGAGCGUGUGCUCAUAGCAGAGAAGGAAACUCCCGCCACAAUGCCGGUGGAAAAGUUCGACUUGGCGAACCAGCUCCCCUCCCGGCCCCUCCUACCACAGCACACGAGCGUCUCGCAGCAAUCGAAUUCCGUGCCAUCGACGCCUCAUCAAUAUGCCCAGGAGUUCUCGUUCGAGUCUAGAGAGCAUUCGCCCACCACGACGACUAACCACUCUCCCAGAUCCGCGUAUUCCGAGUCGAACAUCGCCUUCACAUCUUCAAGGCCAUUGCCGCCCCCACAAGGACGAUGUCGCUACGAGACCGCCCUGGCACAUACAAAGCGGCGGAUGCCUUAUAGUAUAGGGAGCGAUAAGUUGGAGAAACUGAAUCCAGCAGACAUCAAGAGCAAGCUGUCGGAGGAGGAGGAGAGGAAACUGUCCGCCGACAUGCGUGAGCUCUAUGACCGACUACUACCAACACCGGAAGUCGAGAGCAAGAAACAGAAGCUCGUGAGGAAGCUGCAGAAGUUGUUCAACGAUGAAUGGCCGGGCCAUGACAUUCAGGUGCAUGUGUUUGGAUCAACGGGCAAUCUCCUUUCCACAGAUGAAUCGGAUGUUGACGUAUGCAUAACAACUGAUUGGAAGGAAUUGGAGGGGGUUUGCAAGAUCGCAGAUCUCCUGGCAAAGAGCGGUAUGAAGGAGGUUAUCUGCGUGUCCACAGCCAAAGUCCCGAUUGUCAAGAUCUUGGAUCCAGAGCUCAAUAUUGCAUGCGACAUGAACGUCAACAAUACAAUGGCUUUGGAGAACACUCGGAUGAUUAAGACCUAUGUUCAGAUCGAUCCUCGAGUGCGGCCCCUGGCUAUGAUAAUCAAACAUUGGACAAAGCGAAGGAUAGUUAAUGAUGCAGCUUUUGGUGGUACCCUCAGCUCGUACACUUGGAUAUCCAUGAUCAUCAACUUCCUUCAAAGUCGAAAUCCUCCCAUUCUCCCAGCCCUUCAUCAGCGACCGCAUUCGAAAACCCCGCGUAAAGAUGGGCAAGAAAGCGAGUUUGCAGACGACAUCGAGUCACUACGCGGAUUCGGCAAGGAAAAUGAAGAGACACUGGGGGAGCUCCUGUUUAACUUCUUCAAGUUCUAUGGUCACGAAUUCGAUUAUGAUACACUGGUUAUUUCGGUACGGAGCGGUAAGCAGAUUUCUAAGAUCGAGAAGAAGUGGCAUCUGGGCAACAAUAACAUGCUCUGCGUGGAGGAGCCGUUCAAUACCAGUCGAAAUCUUGGGAAUACUGCCGACGAAACCUCGUUUCGCGGGCUGCAUAUGGAGCUCAGGCGGGCGUUCGAUCUGGUAUCUGCUGCAAAGCUGGAUGAAUGCUGUGAACAGUACGAAUUCCCGAAAGAAGAGAAGCCACCUCAUAGGGAAAGACAGACUGCGAAAUCAAAGCCAGCAAUAAUAAGGAGCGCGUCUCAGUCCCAGUCAAGUAGAGGUGGGAGAGGGGGGACUCAUCGGGGUGGCCGACAUAGCAGUCAGCGCGGUAACAACAAUAGCCGAAGAGCGUCCAGUGCGACAUUUGAUAACCACCCCGGAUACCUUCCUGGGGCGCUGCCCGCGAAUCUGGCUUCCCAGGACACUUGGCUCCAGCAACAAGCACAAGCACAGUUACACAAUGACCUCUUCCAGACCUACUCCGUCCUACAGGCCCAAGAGAACAACCUCCGACUCCAACUCUACAGUCAGUCUCAAGCUUAUAUGCAGGCUCAAGCUCAGAAUCAGAGUCAAACAUUCUCUCCGUCGCAGACUCGAGGGAAUGGCGGCCCAGUACAGCAGCAAGCGACCGAUCGAAAUCGGACCAAUUCUUUUGACCAAUCGCCCCUGACAGCACCCAUUCGACCCGAGCUGUAUUACUACCCUCUCCAUUACAGUGCAACACCGGUCUAUGGAUAUCAGACCCCGAGCACGAAUCCCUCAUCUCCGUCCAUGAGCGCCACUGUUCCUGAGUUGAGACGAAGCAUGCACAGGUCCUCGAUCACGAGUACCUCUGGUGCUCAAGCCAGCAGCUCAAUGCGUUCCCACUCUCAACCUGCUGCAAGGUCAGCACCUUUGCCACUGUCGCUGCAGGGGGCUGGGACAGUGAACCCUGGCCUCGGGCCAUACACGCAAUAUCGGCAAAGUAAUGGGGUUCUCAUUCCGAAUUUCAUCGCGGAUGAAAAUUCCGAGUCUGGAUUUGAAACUCCUUCAGAGUCUUUUGCCGCAACGCCUCCUGAAGAUGCAACUCCGAGAGAGUAUGUAGGAUACUACGUUAACGGUUCCGCUGCUAGCGCGACGCGUACAGAGCCAACAGCACCAAUGGCCAUUCCCACGUUUGGUGAUAUUCAGCAAGGUCGUCGCCGAUUAUCAACCGAGCAACUGCCACAGUCAAUUCUGGACCGCCUGAGACGUCCCUCGAGAUCUCCAUCCCCACUUGGGCAUGACCGUUCGUAUUCUACGGGUGCACACUCAGCCCCGCUUACGACAGUGCCGUCUCAGCAGUGUGUUUCGAACGGUAAUCUUCGCACCUUGAAUAAUCAAGUUCCACUCGUGGUCAAUGGGUCCAACGUUCCAGCCCCAAUAUCAAUCCCACACUGGCAAGCCUCUGUUAGUGAAGUUUCUAGCUCUGAGGAUCACAGUAUUGAAUCGGCGGGCGGCUCCAUGGAUUCGAGCUCUCGGCUUUCUGGCGCAGGGAGCGAGCUAUCUCUUGAUCAUGAUUUGUCUGGUCAGCAUACACCCAGAGACCUACACUUGGAGAGAAGAAUGGAUCCACCGCUGGUGGUGAAUGGCUCGAACCUGGGGAAGUUGGAAUCUACUUCCUCAUUCGCAAGCCCACCAGUCGUGAAUGGCACUUCCUCACUUCAGCUCAGUCCAUCGAAUGGAUUCAGUCGCCCCGAGCAGGGGAACAGUUCUCAUCUGUCACCAGCUCCUCGUAAUCGACCAGCCCGCCAGGCUCAGAAUGGCGGUGUCUCCCCUCUCGAUAUCGGAUUUGGUCUGAACGAGAACCAGCGUGAUGAUACACCUCACUUAUCCCCUGUGUAUGAAGCGCGAACACCUUCACCGAUAACCAGCCGGAAAUUUGAAUCGGCCAUGGACACAAAACAUAACGGGUCGGCUAUUAAUAUCAGAGAGCAGACCCCAGAGGUUUCAAAGUUAGGGUCGAAACUCAAUGGGAUUCAAGUCAAACAGGCUUCUGUCGAUUCAAAGACCAAUGGGCAUACCAGAGCGGCAAAGAGCGAGGGCAGCAGCUUUGGAAACUGGCAGAAGAUCCCAAAGAACAAGAAAAAGGGACCAGCUGCAGAGUUGAAGGGUGUGGCACAAGGACUAGCUCAUGGCGAGAAGCUACCGAAUGAUGAUUCUGAACGAAAGGGAGGAUGA